UUCGUGUUUAGCUUUGGCCCGGUCAAAAGUGUUCAAUAAAGCGACAGAAACAUUUGGCAAGCAAAAAAUAUCAUUAUGCGUGACCAGAUUGUUCCGUACAUCGAUAAUAGUCCACCAAUUUUAUUUGUGGACAAUAUAUUGCAUUCUACAAAACUCGUACACGACAUUCGACGAUUGCGUGAAAUCUCCAAAGAUAACAAAGAACUUCUGAAGCGGAUUAACAGAAUCAACAGAACACGGGGAUUUCUCGGAGUAAAUUAUGAUUAUGAUCCCAAAGUACUUGUGCGCUACGAAGCCCGCAUUUCACGAGCGAGACGUAUUGAAACAGAAAAUUUGAAUAUGCUCGAAAGGAUUCUUAACGCGAAACCUCAAAUAAAAACGUCACUGCAACUCAAAAGCUACUACCAACAACUGAAAUAUAUAAAAUCAAAAUAUUUUGAUCCGAAAUCUAUUAAAGCUGCUGAGAAACAUAUCCCACAGAUCGAAGGCGUUGUCGAUGCGAAUGAGAAGUGGAUAAUGGAAUUUUGCGAAAGUAAUCAUCGUGUAUUAGGUAGUAUUCAAAUAGUUCCAAAUGGGUCUGAAUUUUUAGGACAGCAAUACAUCAGCACUAUUCGAGGACAAAUCUAUCGAAUAUAUAAAAAUCAGUUUGCCGUAAUACGUGGUCAAAUAAGCGCAACCGAUGGAAAAGAAGAUUUUGACACUUCCACUGCAAGAAUUGAACGCGGAUCUUUGUUGAAAAUAACGAUCAAUGAUCAACCUGCCAUUCUGUUGACACUUGCUCAUCAUGAAAAUAUUUCAAACUAUCAAUUGCUGGCACGAGCAGAUUGUGAAGCUGACAUGUUAGAUCUACUCAAUGAAUACGGCACAGCUUACGGGAGAAUGGUAGCACCAAUUUGCUACAGAUUGAGGAAGAAAAAAAUCUAUUGACUGUAAUAAACAAAA